GUGUAAAAGCUAUUCUUAUAGUUUUUGAAGCACUUCGGUUUACCAAUGAACAGAAAGAGGUUUUGAGCAGAAUAAGAGGUUUCCUUGGAAAAGACGCAACAAAUCAUAUUAUCGUUGUUUUUUCUCAUGCAAACAAAAGGCAGACCGAAAGUAGAGACGAAAUGAAGAAGACUUGGAACAAUACCGUUCAAUUAUUUAUUCAAAAUGUUGGAAAUCGUUGGGGGAUCUCUCCAAAUCCUGAUAUUUUUUCACCUAACGACUCAGCAAAUGAUAGAGUUAAUGGAACAGAAACAAAGGGAGAGAGAAAGGGAGUGGCAAAGGGAAAGGGAAAGAAGGGCAUGGCAAAGAGAAUGGGAAAUGAUAAUGGAGAGACAAAGAGAAACGAAUGCUUUGUUGUUGAGCUAUUUAAUCCAUAG